AUGGCAGAAUCAUCAAAUGAAAAUUACAAAGUGCCAAUUGGAUUACGUCCAUUAUUAGAAGCAUUUGUACGUGAAACACUGAGAACACAGCCAAUUGAUUUAGUCAGUUUUUCGAUUCUGUCUUUCAAUGUUUUGCAGAAACAUCGCAAACAAAAUAAUGCAGAAGAUGUAUUUAAGGAUUCUGCUUUAUAUGAAUCUUUCAAAAUUGACUUACAAAAACAGUAUCACGAGAAGGAUGAAAUGACUGAACGAUCAUUAGAACCAUUGGAGGAAGCAGCUACAAAAAUUCAAGCCGCAUAUCGUGGGCAUAUUGUUCGGGCCAAUCCACAAAAGUUUAUUCUCAGCGAGAAAAAAACUGAUGUCACUUGUUCAUCCACGGGUCGCAUCAAUUUACUAGAUGCAGAAAAAAAUUUGAAAUACCAUUCUGUUAAUGUUGCUGGUUCUGUGGUACACAGCAAUGUAAUUGAAGAUCGAGCAGCAACCAUAAUUCAGGCUGAAAUUCGUGGUUUUCUAACUCGGCGGCAUUUCAAACAAGAAAAGAAAGAAGGCAAUGAUGCAGCCAAAAAAAUACAGGCACACAUUAGGGGUUACUUAACAAGAAAACAUCUUGAUGAAGUGGGCAUACCGCACAAACAUUCUGCAGUCUCACAUCUGCACAAUGGUCUCUAA